GAUGACUGUCAGUCACGUUUCAUCGCGGCACCAACCCUCUCGCUUCGAGGGUACAGGAAACAACGUCGUGUAAUCUUUCGGUUUUUGGAUUGCGGAAAUCCUACGUGUCAGAUUGUGCUAUGGAAGAGGCGAUCCAAAUGCAAACUCAGGAAACACAAAUAGGACAUAUACCCGUUGUGCAACCGAAAAUGUCUGCAUCGUCCAGUCGUAUUCUUUAUGAUAUUCCUUGUAAGGUAUGUCGAGAUCAUUCUUCAGGAAAGCAUUAUGGGAUUUUUGCUUGCGAUGGGUGUGCGGGUUUCUUCAAGAGAUCGAUACGAAGAAAUCGUCAGUAUGUCUGCAAAGCAAAGUCUAAAGGGGGUUGCAUGGUGGAUAAAACGCAUCGAAAUCAAUGUAGAGCAUGCCGCUUAGCCAAGUGUAUUCAAGUCGGCAUGAACAAAGACGCUGUGCAGCACGAACGGGGGCCACGAAACUCAACUCUUCGGAGGCAGAUGGCCUUGUAUUUUAAAGAACCAGAAAUGAUGACUAGCAUGGUGCCCCCACCAACGACAGCUUUGGAUCUCGCUUUGCCCAAACCAUCGACAGAAUCUCGAAUCUCCGUAGCUACACCAACUCCUCAUCAUCUUCUUUCACAUCCUAUUUACUGCAACAGCUUGGCCAUAUCAAAGCUCCCAGUCAACAUGGCAGGUUUGCCAUCUCUACCGUUGAUCCCGGCGGUAACGGCGGAGUCGAUCUGCGAACAGGCAGCCAGAUUGCUUUUCCUGAACGUUCAUUGGGCCAAAGAACUAGCAGCAGGAACAACCCUGGUCCUAGAGGAUCAAUUGACUUUAUUAGAAUUCUCGUGGAGAGAACUAUUUCUCCUCGCUGCCGCUCAAAUCCUUCCAACGUUAGAUCCAACUAUCCUUCUCCCACCUGCUCCUCAUGGUCUCAAUCUGGCAGUUGAAGUGAAUCGAUUUAGAGAGACACUGGCUGGUUUUCACGCGAUGAAUCUCGAUCAGCAUGAGUUCGCGUGUAUCAGAGCGAUCGUACUGUUCAAAGCUGGACUGGAUAGCGAACCUACGUCAAGCAGUAGAAGUAGCAGUGGAUCAGCCUCUCCUAGUGUCGGAAGUAGACUCAGGGACGCGGCAGCAGUUGCCAGAUUGAGAGAUGGAGCGCAACUUGCACUUGGUCAAAGAUUAAGUGGAGCAUCGUUAGGUGCUCUGAGGUUUGGAAAAUUACUCUUGUUGCUCCCUUCGCUCCGUUCUGUUUCUACACAUGCCAUCGAGGAGUUGUUCUUCAGGAGGACUAUCGGCAUCAUUCCUAUCGAGAGGAUAAUCUGCGAUAUGUACAAAGCUGCUUGAGUGGUAUGAUUUCAUGUAUAGUUGUAAUGAUUUCAAUAUACUCACCUUCUACAUAUUGGAUACUUAGUCGGCUGAAAGAAAUGAGAGAGACACAGAAACCAUUUAGGUCUUUCUAAUUCUAAACAUCUUUUCUUCUUCAAGAAUCCUCUCAAUUCUUCUCUCAACUUCAACAAGAUUUUAACUCAUUCACUGUAUAAUUCGAUAUUUUAUAUUAAAAUUUAAAAAAGCAAAA